AUGAAUCUUGGCCUCAAGAGAAAGUCCAGCAUUCUUGCUACUUUGUUCGCAAAUGAAUUGCAGGGUGAAUCGCAAGCAGUCCUCCUCAGCAAGGAAAUCUUUCGACUGAACAUCGACAGUGUUGACUUGUGGGCGCCAUGCUCGGCCAGUCUGUUGCCGCGUUCUAUCUCGUUGCUGGACAAGGAGAGCAUGAAUCAAGUGCAUGUCCCCCUGGACAUCAUCUGCGGCAUUGAACAAGUCGGAGGGAGGGCGGAAACCAAAAACUUGACCCUGAUCAGGAUCCAAGAGUCGGAGGUCCACACCAAGUAUGUUACCUACUGGAUCUUGGUGCUUUCAACGAAGAUGGAGUCAGCGUUCAACGGGAGGAGCGUGCACUUGAGGUUCGAGGAGGAGGACGAGGCGACACGAUGGAAUCAGGAGAUCACAAAGUUGAUCAAGCAUCGCCUAGCCAGCGAGCACAUCGCAAGGGAAGGCAGGCUAAGGAUAUUCAGGGACCUGAGUCGAAGGGCAUACUACAGCCGACCCUUCCAGUCGGUCUUUGCGCUACUGAUCGGCAUGAACUUCUUGAUCAACAUGAUAGAGGCUGAAAUUCGGCCGGCGGACAACUCUGCCCAGAAGUUCACUUUCGACCGUUUCGACAUGUUCUUCACCUCCCUCUUCGCCUUCGAGUUUGUUUGGAACUUCUCGUCCAAUGUGUCAAAAAAAUUCUUCGAGGACGGUUGGAACUGGUUUGACUUCUUUGUUGUCGUCAUGUCAAUAUCUUCAUUCAUCGUCUCGGGAGUCCCGAUCCUCACUGUCUUUCGGCUGCUUCGAGUAUUCAAGGCUCUGCGGCUCUUCCGGCAGUUCAAAUCCCUCAGAAUCAUCUUCAACUCUCUCCUCGCAAGUGUCUUCCCCAUCAUCAACUCAGUCUUCAUCCUACUCGUCGUUACCGCCAUCUUCGCCAUCCUCGCUGUCCAGCUGUACGGCUACCGCUCGGAUCAGUUUUCAAACUUCCAGCAGGCAAUCUUCUCGCUCUACCAGGUGGCAACUGGCGACGCUUGGGCGUCGGGAAUCGCUCGUCCUCUCUUCUACAAGCUUGACUCGAAGCCUGAUCCCUCGGUCAUGCCGUUCUUCACCGCCUACUCCAUCCUCUCGUCGCGGAUCCUCAUCAACGUCGUUGUGGCCGUCCUGCUCGACAACUUCAUCAGAUGCGUCAAGGUCGAGGAGUGGAAGGAGCUGCAAGCGGAGCUGGAGAAGGAGCGGCAAGGGAUCGAGGUGUCUUCGAGGGUGCUGGACCCUCUCAUGAAGUACCUGUCCAAGCACGACACGGAAGAGCACUUCCAGGCGCAGGUGCAGAAAGUUUUCAGCAUCGUCAACUUCAAGCUCAAGGAGAGCGUCAACUUCGACGACGUGCACAAGGGGCUGAAGGCGCUGGGGCUGAAGCCGAUGAUCGAGCUGAGAAAAGAUGACUUUGACUACAUCACAGCUGAAGGGAGAUACUGUAACGAGCUGGGGGAGAUCUCAGCUGAGAACUUCUCGAAGAUGAUCAGCAGGCAGUACAAGAUGUUCUGCGCGAGGAAGCUCUGCGAUCUUCAGAAAAUCACCGACGGGGCGGACAUGGUUGUCCAUCUGGCAACCAAGAUGGUGCUGGUGAUGGAGGACCCUGACUGGAAAAGCGACGAUCUCUUCAGAUGGAAGUCGAAGGGGAGAAAGAAGGAGGAGGAGGAGGAGGAGGAGGAGGAGGAGGAAUCAGUUUCAAAUCGUCACUACCCUGAGAGUCUCCAUGAUCUGCCCAAGAGCGUCCUGAUCGAGAAUCUUGAGAGGAUCAAGCAAGAGAGGAACGAGUACAAGUUCCAGCUGGACUGCAUGGAGAGGAGGAUGAAGCUGCAAGGCCCUCCUCUAUCCCUGGCCGACAAGUUUGAGAUGCUGGCUCCUCGACAGGACGCGUCGCCUCCCCACGUCAACCGCUUCGUUCCAUCCAUCUUCCCUAGUGGGCUGCUACCCUUGGACGGCUCCUCCUGGAGGCGCCAAGGAGGAGCUGCUGGGGGCGAGGAGGGUCAGGCAAGAAAAGUGAGGGGGCACUGGGGUGCUGAUAGUCUAUUUGUCGCAUAA